AUGGCCCUGCUGACCCUGGAGGAGGCUGGGUCUGGCCCCACAGUACCACUGACCCCCGAGGAGGCCAGGACCAGCCCCACAGCACCAAUGACCCCAGAGGAGGUCAGGUCCAUCCCCACGGCACCGCUGACCCCAGAGGAGGCUGGAUCUGUCCCUACAGCACUGCUGACCCUCGAGGAGGCCAGGUCCAACCCCACAGCACCACUGACCCCAGAGGAGGCCAGGUCCAGCCCCAUAGCACCGCUGACUCUGGGGGAGGUGCGGAUGCUGGUGGAGCUCUUCUACCUGCCCUACCAUCAUGGGCCACUGGCGCAGCAUCUCCUGGAGCACUUUCGGUGGCUCCGGGCAAACAGCCUCAGUGUGGGGGUCCCGGCCAUGGCACCCGAUGCCUGCGAGGGCACACGGUGGCGCGGCCGAGCCCAGUCCUUCCAGCUGCUCUGCGCUCAGACAUGCCGCUUGCACAGCCGCUUUGUCAGCAGCGCCGGACGGGCACUGCUCUACGACCUCCACCCCUACCUCUGGGACAUCCGCAACAUGCUGCUGGCCGCCAGUGCCUUCGUCCUCUGGCUGGAUGGCCAUCUCCUCUGCGACCCUGACCCCAAGGGCACCUGGGGAAGCUGCUUUGGCUGGUGCCAGAGCAACACUGCCCCGAUCCUGCUGGGGAGGGACGCUGAGCCCUGGGCACGUCGUGGGGGCCUCUUUGGAGAGCUGCAGGCCCUGCUGCCCGUGGGGAACAGCUGUGAACGCUCUUCCCGUCCAGCCAGCCAUACCUCCUGCGCCCGCUGCUGCCCCUGGACAAGGCUGCUGGGCAGCUUCCUGAGCCUGAGCCCCGAGUACACGUUCGUGCUGGAGGAUGAGGGUGGUCCGUGCGGCUACGCAGCCGGAGCACUCUGCGCUGAAGGCUUCCUGCAACAGCGAGACAGCAGCUGGCUGCCGGCCAUACGGCACAAGUACCCCCGAGACCUGGGCGCAGGUGCCCCAGCUCUAGGACAGGAUGCCCUGGAGGAAGCACUGCUCUUCUUCCAUGCGGAGCCACCGGCUGUGCCCCUGCCUGUGCUGCGGCGCUUCCCCUCCCUGGUGCAGCUGGGCACGGCCCCCCGCGUGCUGGAUGUGGGGGCCAGCCGCAGCCUGGCUAUCUGCCUGCUGAGCGCCCUCAGGGCCAACGGGUCACGGGGAGUGUUUUGCCAGGUCAGUGCCGCUGACCGGCAGCAACUGAGCUUCUACGGCAAGCUGGGCUUCGUCGCCCUGCCGAGCCAAGCUGCCAUGGGAAGCUGCGGCACGUGGGCAUGGCAGGAGCUGCUGGUGCUGCUGAGCAGCGUGUGGCUGUGGGUGGGCAGCGCCCAGCCCACCCCCCCGGGCCCCACACACACCCCUGGAUCCCAGCUGAAGUUUCGCCUGGCUGGCUACCCGCGCAAGCACAACGAGGGCCGUGUCGAGGUCUUCUACAACGAUGAGUGGGGCACCAUCUGCGACGAUGACUUCACGCUGGCCAACGCGCACGUGCUGUGCCGGCACCUUGGCUUUGUGGCUGCCACUGGCUGGGCCCACAGCGCCAAGUACGGCAAAGGCGUUGGGCGGAUCUGGCUGGACAACGUGAAUUGUGCCGGAGGUGAGAAGAGCAUUGGGGACUGCAAACACCGGGGCUGGGGGAACAGCGACUGCAGCCAUGAGGAAGAUGCGGGUGUCAUCUGCAAGGACGAGCGCAUCCCAGGCUUCAAGGACUCCAAUGUCAUUGAGACCGAGCAGAGCCACGUGGAGGAGGUCCGCCUGCGGUCAGUGGUGUCCGGGGCCCGGAGGCAGCUGCCGGUGACGGAGGGCAUUGUGGAGGUGCGCUACAAGGAUAGCUGGGCACAGAUCUGCGACGAGGGCUGGGACAGCCAGAACAGCCGUGUCAUCUGUGGCAUGAUGGGCUUCCCUGCUGAGAAGAAGGUGAACAGGAAUUUCUACAAGCGGUUGAGGCGUGCAGCCAGGAUGAAGGGCCGGAGCCUGAGGCCAGGCAGCAGGCUGGCCUCCAAAUCUCAGCCUAAACAAAAGCGCAGGGAGGACAUAGGGUCCAGGAAGAGGCUCUUCACGGAGCGGCAGCAGCUCAACUACCGCCUGCACUCUGUGUCCUGCAUGGGGACGGAGGUGCACCUCUCCAUGUGCGCCUUCGAGUUCUACCGGGGCAACGCCUCGGCCGCCUGCAGGGCUGGCAUGCCCGCUGUCGUCAGCUGCCUGCCUGGGCCCCUCUUCACCACUGGCAACGCCCACAAGAAGAAGCAGCGCCAACAGCAGCAAGGCCAGCCGCGGAUCCGGCUGAAGGGUGGUGCGAAGGUCGGCGAGGGCCGCGUCGAGGUGCUCAGGAGCAGCGAGUGGGGCACGAUCUGUGAUGACCACUGGAACCUGCUGUCAGCCAGCGUGGUGUGCCGCGAGCUGGGCUUCGGCAGCGCCAAGGAGGCCCUCACUGGGGCACGCAUGGGCCAAGGGACGGGGCCCAUCCACAUGAACGAGGUGCAGUGCCUGGGCACCGAGAAGUCCCUUUGGAGCUGUCCCUUCAAGAACAUCACGCAGGACGACUGCAAGCACACAGAGGACGCGGCUGUCCGCUGCAACAUCCCCUACAUGGGCUACGAGAACCUGAUUCGGCUGAGCGGGGGCCGGAGCCGCUUCGAGGGGCGGGUCGAGGUGGCGGUGGGGGCUGGCGAUGGGGACCAGCCCCGCUGGGGUCUGGUCUGCGGCGAAGGCUGGGGUACACUGGAGGCGAUGGUGGCCUGUCGCCAGCUGGGUCUGGGAUUCGCUAACCACGGCUUACAAGAGACGUGGUACUGGGAUGCCAGCAACGUGACGGAGAUGGUGCUGAGCGGGGUGAAGUGCGCCGGCCAUGAGAUGUCCCUGAGCCACUGCCAGCACCAUGGCACCAGCCUGAACUGCAGGAACACGGGCACACGCUUCGCCGCAGGCGUCAUCUGUUCCGAGACUGCCUCCGACCUGCUGCUGCACGCCCCGCUGGUGCAGGAGACGGCGUACAUCGAGGACCGUCCGCUGCACAUGCUGUACUGCGCCGCCGAGGAGAACUGCCUCUCCAGCUCAGCCCGCCUGGCCAACUGGCCCUACGGGCACCGUCGCCUGCUCCGCUUCUCCUCCCAGAUCCACAACAAUGGCCGCGCCGACUUCCGCCCCAAGGCCGGCCGGCACUCCUGGGUCUGGCACGAGUGCCACCGGCACUACCACAGCAUGGACAUCUUCACCCACUACGACAUCCUGACCCCCAAUGGCACGAAGGUGGCGGAGGGACACAAGGCCAGCUUCUGCCUCGAGGACACUGAGUGCGAGGAAGACGUGGCCAAGCGGUACGAGUGUGCCAACUUUGGGGAGCAGGGCAUCACCGUCGGCUGCUGGGACCUGUACCGGCACGACAUCGACUGCCAGUGGAUCGACAUCACUGAUGUCAAGCCAGGCAACUACAUCCUGCAGGUCGUGAUCAACCCCAACUUUGAGGUGGCAGAGAGCGACUUCACCAACAACGCCAUGAAAUGCAACUGCAAGUACGACGGGCACCGCAUCUGGGUGCACAGCUGCCACAUCGGCGAUGCGCUCAGCGAGGAGGCCAACAAGCGGUUUGAGCAGUACCCAGGUCAGCUCAACAACCAGAUCUCAUAGGGCCCCAGCCCCUGGGGAGACGGGCAUCUCCCUCCCUCACCCCGCACAGGUGAGAGGAAGCUGCUGGGGGGCCGGCGGGGAGGCCUCACGCCCGCCACCGCCGCCACUGUGCCCUGCUGGGGACUGCCCAGGACUC